UUUUUUGAUGUCAACGAGAAGCUGAAAACAAACGAAAAGAGAUCUCUCUGAACCGGGUCACGUUUUUUUUUGCGUAAGUUUUGAUCGUUUUGAUCUUUGAGUAAGGCCUCGUGGAGAAGACAGAGGUUCGACGUCAUUUAUUUGCCUAGCCUCAAAAAGAUGUUGCGCCGUCCAGUACUGCGGCUCUCCCGGCAAGGACUCGCGCACCUUCGAGACAGAGCGUUCUGCUCUGCUUCAGUGUCGUCCUUGAAAGAGACAGUGCCAGUGACUGAGAAGACACCUCCAUCGAGUGGGACAAGGGUAGGAGGAAUAUCAGGAGACGCUGCGGACACUGCACCUCAGGACGCAACACUUCCCAACCCGAAGAAUGAAUCAGCGCCGUCGAAAAUUUUUGGUGCAACGUCUGCCGGGCGGCAAGACAAGCGACAAUCGCUUGAGUCCGCCUCAUCCUCUUCCUCAGCAGCGGUAAGAUGUUCGGGCGAUCAGUUGUCGGCAUCCUCGUCACGAAUUAAGCAGCGAGCUUCCUACACCCAGCUCCGGGCGCCACGCACCAUGCAGCAACGGGACCGAUUGCAGAAGACCUUGCACACAGGAAUUUUGAGCGUAGAUGCCCUAGCGCCGCUCGGACAAGGGGGGUCCAUGCUUUGUGUGCACGAAUCAGAUACGAACAUCGCUGCGUUUGUCGAGGGUCUGGUGAACGGAUGCACAAGCAGCGGUUCGGUGGACGAAGUUGUAAAUUAUGUUUUCCAUUGCGAACACUCUACGUCAAACGACGCGAAACUGGAAAAGUCUGUCACUGUGAACGAGUGUUGGCAGGCGCUCGCGCACGCGGAAGCAGUCGCGCAAGAUGAAGGCUUAGACGUUCUGUGCGUUUUGGAUAUGGGAGUCUUUGUAGAGGAGUGGCGCUCUGGGCAGCAGCGACGUGCAGAAAAAGAAGAGGCUAUAUUAGCAAGAACUAGCCACACUGCACAUACCUAUGUGGGAAAGCAGGCAGAAGCGGAGGCUCCGUGGCAGGACGAUCUAGACCCAACCGCACCAACGAUGACAGGUAGGAGCUUUUGUGUUCCUCAUUCCCUUAGGUUUUAGCCUAUGGAUAGUAACCAAUGUUCUGUUCGUGUGAUUUUCAGGAUCGAUGACAUUCCAUCGCGAUUUCACCUCGCAGGUACCGUUGCAAGCGGAGAUAAUGCGCAGACUGAGGCCGCUGCUGCUCUGACACCAUCCGACGAGCAAAUGGAGCCCUUUGCCUUGCAGUCGCAGAAGGCAGAGGCGCCGCCGGAGAGCAGGCGAAUGUUUUUCGCGGAGGUGACCGAACGCGCGGCAAACUUACGCGGUGAAGGUACCGGGAGCGUGUCUCUCUUACUAGUUUUGAACCGCUCAGUGCACGAAGCGAAUCAGGUUCAGGAGCUGCAAAGCUUGACAGACGGCCACUUGUGGCUCGGUACCACGGGCCAUCCAGAUCGACUUGACUGCCGGCGGAGCUUGACGCGGUUCGGUUUGGGAUCCCACCAAGGCCACCUGCAGCGUUCGCGGAUACUGCAGAAAAUUGCGGGGCACCUGCGGUUGAAUUUAGCGUCGGCUUUGGAUAGUAGUGGAUCGACGACAGGUGGCUCUGCCGAGGAUCAAACGCACCAGCGGCUGAUGACGCAGGUGGCGACGGCGUUGCACACACAGGACUUCAAGACUUCGCUGUCACUUGAGGAGGAGAUCACGCUGCUUCUUGCGGCGAGCACGCACGUUUUUCCGGACGGAAAAGUUUUGGAGGGGGGAAAGGACUCGCAAUUCCUCAAGUACACAAGAACCGCAGAUCAGGGACGACUCUUGCAGCUUGUUGCAGAGAGGGGGACUGAGAAUGAAGGCCUGAGUGCUGGGUUAGCACAGCAACUGGCAAAAAAUGCUGAAGUGUUUUCGCGGAUGCAUAUGUAGAAUUGAUGUCAAUGAUGGCGGAAUUUGGAAUGAGGUAAAUCAGGAUCGAUGUCUACACGAGACUUUGGUAGCCGUAGCGCAAGACUGGUAAAGAGAGCGCGCAGUUGUGCCGAAAGAUCGAGAGGACUACAGCUAUGUGCGUGCGUCCGGUGAUGUUCUCCUUGGCUUACAGACACAAUGUAAGCCGGAGUGUGUGAGUUGUAUGCUUCUAG